AUGAACGCCGAGGCGGUGGCGCGCCGACAGAAAAAGUACGAUAAAGACCUUCGCGAGCGCGCGAAAAAGUAUCGCGUCGGCGAGCGGGUGUCGAGCAAGCACGUGAGCGAUAAGAAGGUGCGCGCGACGCUGCGAGAGAGUCAAAAUUUGGCCGACGAGGCGGCGACGGCGGCGGCGACGCACGAGAAGUGGUUGGCGAGCGAAGAACCGGGAGUGCUCGAGGCGGAUGAGGGCGAGAGGACGUAUCAGUAUCAACAGCGGGAUAUCGUGAAUAAUGUGGAUGUGAACGCCGCGAAGAAGGCGUUUGAUUUGGACGUGCCGGGAACGGGACGGUACUACGUCGAUUAUUCGCAAAACGGACGAGAGUUGUUGUUAGGUUCGAGCGAGGGCGCGCUAAGCAUGAUGGAGUGGCAGCGUCAUUAUAUGAUUAGCGAGACGGAUGCGCGUGAAACGGUGAAAGAUGUCAAGUUUUUGCACAACGAACAGUUUUACGCCGCGGCGCAAGACAAGUACACGUACAUUUACGAUAAGCGAGGCCUGGAGGUUCACUGCUUGAACGAUCAUAUGCAUGUCAAUAAGCUCACAUUUUUACCGAAGCACUUUUUGCUAUGUUCGAUUGGGAAUCAAGGGAUUUUGCGCUGGCAAGACACGACGUACGGGAAAAUUGUGGCGCAGUAUCGCACCAAACUCGGCGAGUGUAACGCGAUGACGCACAGCAAUUAUAACGCCGUCGUGCAUUGCGGCCAUAAAAACGGAACUGUGACUUUGUGGAGCCCGAAUCAAGGCACAUCACUGGUGAAGAUGUUAUGUCAUCGAGGCACCGUGCGAGGAGUGGCGAUUGACAACGGGGGUAAGUACAUGGUGACUUCGGGAUCAGACGGACAAGUCAAGGUUUGGGAUUUGCGCACGUACAUGCCCGUACACGCGUACUACUCGGCGCAGCCGUCAGAUCACAUUCAAAUCUCCCAGCGCGGCAUGCUCGCCGUUGGUUGGGGGAGCACGGUGCAAAUCUGGAAGGACGCACUCUCGACGAAGCAAAAUUCGCCGUACAUGAAGCACCAGUUUUCCCACGGACAAAAAAUCAACUCCAUGAAGUUUUGCCCGUACGACGAUGUUUUAGGUGUCGGACACACGCGUGGAUUCACGAGUUUACUCAUUCCAGGUGCUGGUGAACCGAACUUUGACACGUUUGUGGCGAACCCGUACGAGACGAAGGGCCAGCGCCGCGAGCAAGAAGUCGCGCGUUUGCUCGAUAAACUUCCUUCGGAAACUAUUCAGCUCGACCCCGAUGCUGUCGGUAAGCUUCGAGCAGUGCCGAAGGAGGUACAAGCUGAGCGUCGUCAGCAAGCGAUCGAGGCUGAGCUGUCGUCGAGAAAGGCUCAGCGCGACAAGAAUGAAGAAAAGACGAAGAUGAAGGGCAAGAAUAGGACGUCAAAGAGGUAUAGAAAGAAGCAGUUGAACGUCAUCGACGACAAGAAAUUGGCAAAGAUGGAAGCGAAGCGUUUGCGCGAAGCUGGUAUCACCGAAAAGCGCGGUGGCGUCGCCGCGCCCGGAUCGACGGCAGGCGCCGCUUCUUCGGCGCCGUACGCGCCCGAAGGCACGUCAAAGGCGCUCCGGCGUUUCUACAAGUAA